AUGGCGGCGCUGAAGGAGGCUCGGAGCUACGGGCUGUCGUGCGGGCGGCUGGACGACGGCAGCCGGGUGUCCGUGUUUCACGUGAAGCUCACAGACAGCGCCCUGAGGGCUUUCGAGAGCUACCGUGCUAGCCAGGACUCCGUCUCACUGAGACCGUCAAUCCGCUUCCAGGGCAGCCAAGGGCACAUCUGUGUCCCUCAGCCAGACUGCCCCUCUGAGGCCCGGACCUUCUCCUUUUACCUCUCCAACAUUGGCCGGGACAGCCCACAAGGCAGCUUUGACUGUGUGCAGCAGUACCUAUCCAGCCACGGGGAUGUCCACCUGGACUGCCUGGGCAGCAUCCAGGACAAGAUCACAGUGUGUGCCACUGAUGACUCCUACCAGAAGGCACGGCAGAGCCUGGCACAGGCUGAGGAGGAGACUAGGAGCCGCAGCGCCAUUGUCAUCAAGCCGGGUGGCCGAUACCUGGGCAAGAAGGUUCAUUUUCGGAAGCCAGCCCCAGGGCCCACGGAUGCUGUGCCCUCCCGGAAGCGGGCCGCCCCUGUUAACCCAGCCAGUGCCCUCAAGAAGACCACUGGUGGGGGCAGCAGUGGUGGGGUCUCCCAGCGUCCCUUCCGUGACCGUGUGCUACACCUCCUGGCACUGAGACCCUACCGGAAGGCCGAGCUGCUCCUGCGGCUGCAGAGAGAUGGGCUGGCACAGCCGGACAAGGACUCACUGGACGGCCUCCUCCAGCAGGUGGCCAAUGUGAGUGCCAAGGAUGGCACGUGCACGCUCAAGGAUGGCGUAUACAAGGACGUGCAGCGGGACUGGCCUGGCUACUCAGAGGGUGACCGGCAACUGCUCCAGCGCAUGCUUGUCAGGAAGCUGUGCCAGCCGCAAGGCACCAGUGCCUUCCCCGGGGACCCUGCCUCCAGCCCUCCUAGGGAGCAGGGAAAUGCCUCCUCUCCUCCACAGAAGCGGCCACAGCCCCCGGACUUUAUUGACCCCCUGUCCAACAAGAAGCCCCGGAUCUCACACUUUGCCCAGCGCACCCAGCCCACUAUCAAUGGGAAACUGAGCGUGGCUCAUAGCCGCGCCACCCCCCUCCUUCCACUGCCUGAACCCCCGCGACCCCAUGACCCCCUGGCUGAUGUCAGCAACGACCUGAGCCACAGUGGCCGGGAUGCAGAGCCCCCAGAGGUGGGUGGCCCAGGUCCCACCGAGUGCCUGCACCUGCCCCCAUCCCCAGACUGCACCCGGCCUGGCCGGCCCCACAGCAAGGCCAAGAAAAAGUCCAAGAAGCACCGUGACAAAGAGCGAGUGCCCAGGGACCGGCACCGGGCCUCACAGCCUGACCAGGAGUCUGCUGAGAGCUCAGGCAGCACCCUUGGAACCCUGCUGGACACCCCAACCCCAGGGUUGAAUGGCGCCUGUCACAGUGCCAGUGUCCCCACCUCAACCUCGGACACGCCUGAUUAUUUACUGAAAUACGCAGCUAUCUCCUCCUCGGAACAGCGGCAGAGCUACAAGAAUGACUUCAACUCGGAGUAUACCGAGUACCGUGACCUGCAUGCUCGCAUCGAGCGUAUCACGCGGCGCUUCACGCAGCUUGACGCCCAGCUCCGGCAGCUCUCCCAGGGCUCCCCGGAGUAUGAGACCACGCGUGGGCAGAUCUUGCAGGAGUAUCGAAAAAUCAAAAAGACCAACACCAACUACAGCCAAGAGAAGCAACGCUGUGAGUACUUACACAGCAAACUGGCCCACAUCAAGCGGCUGAUUGCUGAGUACGACCAGCAGCAGCUGCCCACCUGGCACUAG